AUGUAUCAAUUCUUCUUCUUCUUUCUUACCAUCUUUCACAGUUAUUACUAUGUCUCUGCUCAGCCUCCUCCUCCGUUCAGAAACGGCGAACUCGUCGCGAAUUUCGAGCCGAGUUUAGCCGUCGUCACCGGAGUUCUCGCCAUCAUGUUCACACUCACUUUCGUCCUCCUCGUCUACGCCAAGUGUUGCCACAUCGAUCUCCGGUCAGGUACCGUCGACGGAAGAAGGCAAGAUCGCCGGCUCCGGCAAGGCAUAUUCUUCAACCGGUCAAGUAACUCGUCGGAUCGAUUCUCCGGUUUAGACAAAACAUCAAUCGAGUCUCUUCCUCUGUUUAGGUUCUCCGCAUUGAAAGGAUUAAAGCAAGGGCUUGAGUGUUCUGUUUGUCUAUCUAAAUUCGAAAGUGUCGAGAUUCUAAGAUUGUUGCCUAAGUGUCGUCACGCUUUCCACAUCGGAUGCAUCGAUCAGUGGCUUGAGCAGCACGCAACGUGCCCUCUCUGCAGAGACAGAGUCUCAGCCGCCGAAGAUGAAUCCCCUGUUUACGGAAACAGUUUCCGGUUCUUGAAUCAGUCUGAGAUAAGAGAAGAUUCAAGCUUGGAGCUUUACAUCGAGAGAGAAGAGGAAGAAGAAGAAAGAAGAAGACAGAGAGAGGAAAUAGGUGGGUCGUCGAGAUUCAGCAUCGGAGGUAGUUUCCGGAAGAUUCUGAAAUUAGGUAAUAAAGAGAAACCGUUACUUGAACAGCACGGAGUCGAUAAAGAAGAGAAGAAGCUGAUGCAUAAGUUCAAUCACAGGAUCGUUGUGUCGGAUGUUGUGUUUAAGAAUCGUUGGAGCAACGUGAGUUCGUCGGAUUUGAUGUUUUUGAAUUCAGAGAUGGUUAGCUCGAUUUCUAGCGAGAGAUUCUCGUCGAUGGAUAGAGUUAAGAGAGGGGAUGAAGAGGAUCAAAUAGGUAUCUUGCGGAUCAAGGAAGAGAUGGAAGCGAAGAGAAUGUUGGAGAACAAGUUGACUUCGAUGAAAACCAUGUUGUUGUCGGAAGACAGAGACUCUGGUUCGAAAUCUAGAAGCGUUAUGAUCGAGCCAGGAAGAAGAUCGGUCUCAGAGAUCACUGCGGUUCCUAGACUUAGUAUUACGGUCCAUGGAGAUUGCAGCGGUUCAACCGCAGCGACUGCGUCUGCUUUAGAAAACGGAGGAAAUGAGACGGAGGAGAGAAGACGGCGUUUGUGGCUGCCGAUCGCUAGAAAAACAGCUCAGUGGUUUGCUAACAGAGAAAAAAGAAUCCAAAUUAACACAACUCACCAACACUUUGAUGUCUAG